UUUUUUGCCACUGCCUAAAAAAUCCAAGAGAAAAAAAAAAGAAAAAAAGAAAGAAAGGAAAAAACCGAUGGUGUUUCCCAAUUACCAAAGUCAAGAUUUCUCCCCUGAAUCAUCUUCUUCCGGAUCUUGGAGCUCACAAGAAUCAUCAUUCUUUUGGAGCGAUGAGUUCUUCGAUCGAGAACCCGAGUUCUUCUUCCCAAACCCUAACUACUACCAGGAGAUCAAUCUCAAGAAUGAGGAGGAGACGUUGGUAAUGGUGAUCAAAGGAGAAGAAAACGGAGAAACAUUAUCGAAUCCGGAGACCGUAUCGAGGGAUCCGAAGGAGGAGGAGAAAUCGUACAGAGGAGUGAGGAGACGCCCGUGGGGCAAAUACGCGGCGGAGAUAAGGGAUUCGACGAGGAACGGAAUUAGGGUUUGGCUGGGAACGUUCGACAGCGCGGAAGAAGCGGCUUUAGCGUACGAUCAGGCGGCCUUUGCCCUAAAAGGGGUCCUGGCUGUAUUGAAUUUCCCGGUCGAAACGGUCAGAGAAUCUCUACAAAACAUGAAAAAUGUGGAUCUCAGCGAUGGAGGGUCCCCUGUCAUGGCCUUGAAGCGAAAGCAUUCGCUUCGAAAUCGGCCGAAAGGGAAAAGAAGAAGAUCAUCCUCGUCGUCGUUGCAGAUGCGGAAAGAGACGAUCAAGGAAGAAGAAAUCAGUAGAAGUAGUAGUACACUUGUUGUUCUUGAGGAUUUGGGACCAGAGUACUUAGAACAGCUUCUCAUGAGUUCCUGUAACUGAUUAGAUGUCCGUCUUCCACUUUUGAUUUAUUCAGUUUGUGUAAUAAUAAUUGUUUUUUUGUUUGGGUUUGUAAUUGAUUCUUUCCAAUAACGAAGUUAUUUGGGAGAUAUAUAUAUAUAUAUCGAUGUUGAUGUUGA